CUUUAUAUCCAUCAAGAAAUAUCACGAACACUGUUCCUCUCCAACAAUAAUACAACAGAGAGCAAAAAUGGAGUUAUCUGUGUUGGGCACUGCACAGGGUCACCAUAUCUUCACUCGUUCAUUCACUCCCAAUAAUUCAAGAACCAUUUCAGGAACCCCCCCUAAAACCAUUUCAAGAGCCAACAAUUCACAACGCAGCUCGGCAGUUUUAUCAACAAAUACAACCACAGAAACGCCACUUCUCAAACAACCCCAUAAUAAUGAGCAACCGCCAAAUGGUCAAUUCCAUGUUCAGAGGCGUCACUCUAAGUCUUACUUGGCUAGACAAGCUGCCAUUCUUGAAGUUCAACAAUCCCCUGAUUUGGACUCUGCUCUUCGAAGAUUAGGAGCGAUAUUGAAGGCGCAAGACUUGAAUGUAAUUUUGCGAAAUUUAGGAAAGCAAAGCAGAUGGCAGGAUUUAUCUAAGCUUUUUGAUUGGAUGCAACAACAUAGUAAAAUCAGUGUUUCUUCCUAUACCAGUUACAUGAAAUUCAUGGGAAAGAGCCUCAAUCCUGCAAAGGCCCUCGAAAUCUAUAAUAGCAUUGCAGAUGAAUCAGUGAAAAAUAAUGUCUUCAUAUGUAAUUCUGUUCUUAGCUGCCUGGUCAGGAGUGGGAAGUUUGAUAUCAGUCUUAAAUUGUUUCAUAAGAUGAAGCAGAAUGGUCUUACCCCAGAUACUAUUACGUAUAGUACGCUUCUUUCAGGUUGUAUUAAAGCCAAAGAUGGAUAUUCGAAGACACUAGACUUUAUUCAAGAACUGAAGUAUAAUGGAUUACAGAUGGACACUGUGAUAUAUGGAACAAUUUUGGCAGUUUGUGCUUCACAUAAUCGAUGUGAAGAAGCAGAGAGCUACUUUAGCCAGAUGAAAAAUGAAGGUCAUUUGCCUAAUGUAUUUCAUUAUAGUUCUUUACUCAAUGCUUAUGCUUCAAGUGGAAAUUAUAAGAAGGCUGAGGAGUUGGUGCAAGACAUGAAAUCUUUAGGGUUAGUACCAAAUAAGGUAAUAUGGACAACUUUACUAAAGGUAUAUGUUAGAGGGGGCUUGUUUGAGAAAUCCCAACAACUACUACUUGAAUUGGAAACUUUGGGCUAUGCAGAAGACGAGAUGCCCUAUUGUUUAUUGAUGGAUGGCCUUUCCAAGGCUGGGCGUGUAGAUGAAGCAAGGUCAUUUUUCGAUGAAAUGAAGGAAAAAAAUGUUAAAUCUGAUGGCUAUGCUUACAGUAUCAUGAUUUCAGCAUAUUGUCGAGGGAGGCUUUUGGAAGAGGCAAAGCAAUUAGCCAAGGAGUUUGAGGCCAAGUAUGACAAAUAUGAUGUGGUUAUUUUAAAUACGAUGCUCUGUGCCUACUGCAGAGCUGGUGACAUGGAAAGUGUGAUGCAAACAAUGAGGAAAAUGGAUGAAUUAGCAAUCAGCCCUAGUUAUUGUACUUUUCAUAUUCUUAUCAAAUAUUUUUGUAAGCAAAAGUUAUAUCUGCUUGCUUACCAGACAAUGGAGGACAUGCAUAGAAAAGGCCACCAGCCAGAGGAGGAACUUUGCUCCAUGUUGAUUUUCCAUCUUGGUAAAGCAAAAGCCUAUACAGAAGCCUUUUCUGUUUAUACAAUGUUGAAAUAUGGCAAGAGAACCAUGUGCAAAGCCCUUCAUGAAAAGAUUCUGCACGUUCUUUUAGGUGGUCAGCUUCUCAAAGAUGCUUACGUUGUUGUUAAGGACAAUGCUGAGUUGAUUUCUCAAGCUGCUAUAAAGAAGUUUGCAAAUGCAUUCAUGAAACUGGGUAAUAUCAAUUUGAUAAAUGAUGUCAUGAAGGUUAUUCAUAGUUCUGGAUACAAGAUUGAUCAGGAACUAUUUCAGAUGGCCAUAUCACGUUACAUUGCACAACCUGAAAAGAAGGACUUGCUUGUGCAGUUGCUUCAGUGGAUGCCAGGCCAUGGUUAUGUUGUUGAUGCUUCUACAAGAAACCUAAUUCUUAAGAGCUCGCACUUAUUUGGUCGCCAGCUCAUCGCUGAGAUCUUGUCCAAGCAGCACAUAAUAUCAAAAACCCUGAAAUCUCUCUAGACAGAGGAUAGUAGAGUGGUUGGGAAGUGCAGAUAUUUUUUCUUGCUAUAGGAACGGAAGCAAAAGUCCAUCCCAUGGAUGCAGUUGGUGAAAACAAGACACUUGUUUUGCGGGAAUCAGAGUGAUUCUGUUCUGUGGGCUGGAGCAAGUUAUUCUAGCAGAUUACUAGGAGAAUCACACUUUAAUUGGUCUUAUUACUCGAAGUUAUUGAUGGUUAUUAUCAUUGUGGAAAGGAGCUGGGCUGGAAAAGGUAUUGAAAGGACAGGAAAGUGUUCUAGCUCUUUGCUGGGAUGGGCGAAGGGUUCCUAAUCUUUUGAAAGAAGGCUUCAGUUAGCUGGCAGAAAGUGAUAUUUGCUAACUGAAUGGUGUAGGGCUUCCCUAGGUUCAUGAUUAGUCAUACUUUCCUGUACCGUGUCAUCAAAUGUAAAUCAAGAGUAUCUGUAAGCAUCAUGCAGAGUGAAAAUGUGUAGGACAAGCGGACUGCUCUUUAAGAGAGAGUAGAUUAGCUGCUGAGAGAUAAUAUAGAGAUCAGCAUUUAAUUAAGAUGCUCUCAAGUUCUAGUUUGGUCCUUUUUAUUCUAGCCAUACAAUUAAUUUGGAAGAAGAGAAGUAUAUCAUCGUCUUUCAAAUUCAGCAACAAUGUAACAGUAACUAUGGCACAUGUGAGAAUAAAUAAGGACAUUUUUAUUGACUAGCUAUA